AUGUAUGGGUCGGAAAUUGCUGUUCGAGAUGGAGAUAUAGCCGGGACUGAGGUACACAUUUCAUCAAUUGCACAACAAUUACAAAGUGAUAUUCAAGAAUUAAGAGAUGUGCUGAUAGUACAAGAAUUGAGGCGUGGUGUCGAUGAUCUACGAGAAACAAUGGUGGUGGAGGGUCUGAGACAAGGCGUUGAGGAGCUGCGUGAGGUGGUGCGGGAAGCAGACAGGCAGGAAGAAGAAAGAGUCAUUGAACAAAGAAAAGUAGACAAUCAGAAGAAGCUGGAUGCUGAGAUCGAGCACGAUGUCGCAGUGUAUAAAGCGGAACAAGCGAGGAUUACGAGGGAGAAAGAGGAGUUCGAUAAAGAAGUACAGAGGAGCUACAAUGCAAGUUUGCAAACAGCCAGUUCAACAGGAAACGACGCGUGGAGUAGUGAACAGAUGUGGAUAAUUGACAAAGAAGCUGAUGAUGAACCUCAGCCAAGAAUUAGCGCACCAACGCCAGAUCCAACGACAACAGCAACGGUCGACAAGUCUAAUUCAUUUGGCACGAUUCUUCGACAUCGAACCUAUUAUGAUGAGCAGAAUCAACGUCUAUAUCUCAUUUCAAAUAAUCGUGAAGUAAGGAAAACAGUAUCGAAACGGAGUGAAUCUUCCAGAGCGGUCAAAGAGGAUCACGCACGAGAUAUUUUUCGUCCGUCUUUCACUUUAGUCUCACUUCUUGCUUAUGCAAGCAAUAUGAGUAGAUGCUAUGAAGAUAAGUCCUUACCUAUCGGAUGCGUUCGCUUCGACAGUUUGAACAAGAAUGCUGGAAGGUAUCUGAAGGACAGAAAGGUCAUCGGUAAAAAAGAAGUUGACAACUGUGAAAUUACAGAAGGUGACCUGCUCAGAAAUCGGCUAUCGACGGUUAUCAAUACGAAUCCUGGAGCUGAUUUAUCAAUAUGUCCAAAUCAUCGCUAUGCUUUUGGAUUCGGAUGGAAAGCACCGUUGCACUGUUUACAUGAUGGAUGUGCUACCAGUAAUAAACCAAAGCGGAGCAGCCUUCGCGCAGCAACAAUGGAACAAUGUGGAACACCGGGUCCGUUUCCGUAUGGAGGUCAGCUGUGUACUGAUCAUAGGAAAUGUCUAAGCCGUCCUCCAGAAUUACCUUUCCUAAAUGCUCCACUGUCACCGCUAUCCACUAGAGCUUCAGUUGAUUCUGUCACUAGUGACAUUUCAACAGCAACAGUCGAACGUGAAAUACAAAACCAACAAUCAAUCAAUACACUAUUUGAAACCAUACGAGUGAGUCCACUGAAGUCACAAGUUAGUGCACCAUUGAAAGGACAAAGUAAAAGUUCAUUACGGCGUUUGAAGUCGAAGUUCGCAUCUGCGUUGCACGCUGCUGCUCAACAAAUCAGUGAAGCCAUCGCACCAGGUCAAGGCCAACAACUAAGAAUAAUGACUGGCCUUGACGAUCUGCUGAGCAACUCACGCCAAAGAACUGCGACGUAUGAUGCAAA